GAUGAGGGCAGAAAGCAUCUCGACUCAAAAUAUGUUGCUGGCUGUGGUCUUGUCAGCCGUUGCUGAUCGGUGAAGUAAGUCAGCCGAAUCAUCAAUCGUUGAUUCAGCCGAAAGCGGCUGACGUCGUUCCUUCCCUCCCACCGACCGGACCACUAUCGCCAACAUACCUGGGUAACAUCGCUCCCGUGCAAGUCCCCAGUGAAGAAUAAAUAUUAAGAUACUGCAAGAGUCCACAAAAUCUCACGAAUGUGCAUGGCCUCACACUUUAUCUGAAGGGUCGUGAGGCCGCGACCAAGCAUAAGUGCCAGCUGGGAUUCGGCGCCAAUCAAUCGAACACACGAGUGACUCCUUCGGAAUUACCCCCGAGCAGGGCGCAGAAGACAUCGCCCGCUAUGUCAAUGAACAAAUUUUGAUACACUUUCCAAGUCAAGAAUCAAGCCGACGUCGCGACAUCCAGUCAUGGCAUCAAAUUAUUGGGACUCCACGCAGGCCAAGUUUUGGACCUUCACUAAGUCUGAGUUGGCUGACAUGCGCCAGGAACUAGAAGCUGCUAAUCAGCCAACGUGUUCCCGCCAUGCAAUCCCAGACCGCCGCCUGAUGAAUAUCUAUUUCCAACAACAGCUUCUGAGAUUGGCGCGACGGUUGAGUCUUCGACAACAAGCGUUGGCCACAGCACAGGUCUACAUCAAGCGCUUCUACCUCCGUGUCGAGAUCCGCCGAACAAAUCCAUAUCUUAUCAUGGCUACGGCUGUCUACCUGGCAUGUAAGAUGGAGGAAUGUCCGCAGCACAUCCGGGUCAUGCUCGGUGAAGCGGCCCGACAGUGGCCCGAAUUAGGCAUCACGGAGGCCAGCAAGAUUGGAGAGUGCGAAUUCGCGCUCAUCUCGACGCUUUCCUCUCGUCUAAUCUGCCAUCAUCCAUAUCGCCCGCUCCUCGAGUUUGCUCCGCAAUUUGGACUGAACGCGGAGGAAAUCCAGCUGGCACAAUCCAUUCUCAACGACAGCUACAACACGGAUCUCAUACUGCUGCAACCGCCGCAUGUAUUGGCUAUCACAUCGAUCUUCCUCAUGCUAGUCUCACGGGCGCUCGGGCAAGCUACAAGUCACACAUCACACGCUUUGCCGCCAUCGCCACUACACCUUCACUCACCUGGAGGAAAUCUAUCGGGUCUUUCAUCUGCUCUUCACUCCCCAGCCCUCAACUCCAGCUCCAGGGAGCAAGUGCUAGCUAAUCUCAACAGCCUCAGCCAGGCACGGCCCAAGAUCGCCAAGCUCAUCGACUGGGUCGCUGAGAGCAAGAUCGAUAUUGGUGCUGUAAUCGAGUCAACUCAGGAGCUGAUCAGCUUGUAUAGUGUUUGGGAGUGUUACAAUGAACGUGCUUGCAAAGAGGCCAUCACGAAAUUCAUGAAGGAUGGCAAUGGAAUGGCGGGUGGAGUAAAAUGAGAUCGCCCCCUUCACGAAAUCCAGGUAUUCCAUCCAUCUUACAUCAUUUGUCUCAUACUGGUGCUGAGAUCACGGGCAUAUUUACUCUGUCUGUUAAGGCAAUAAACGUAGGCACAAUAGUCACCAAAUCAACUGUGGGGAUCGUUUAUGUUGAGUCUUGAGAAGCCGAGCAUGUUUUUCAAACAACCGGGUAUUAAACAGACAUAGUCACAGCCGAAGAAUGGGAGCGGUGAGGGAGUCAUUUUGACCGUCUGCAUAUUUAUGGACAGAGCAUGCUCACGAUGAACAGGUGCAUAAUGCAGAUCAUUUAGGGUUGGGGCAAGCUUCAGGAACGCUCCUAAGCGAAGAUUCUCCGCAUCGGCAAACGGCCCGUCUCCACAUUCGGCUCGGACGCCACCAUUUUGAGGAGACCCUCAGGCACCCCCUGCUGGAC